AUGGAUAGUGACAAUAAUAAACGUUUCAAUUUUGAUCACCUUUCUCAAAGAUAGCUUAAAAAUAGACUGUACAAAAACAUUAAUCGAUAUGAUCCUACCGAAAGAAAACAUACUUAACCACUCUCUACUGCAUCUAAACCAUAUUUGAUACCAAAAAUUUCAAAAUAGAGAUUGGAACCAAUUAUAUCACCUUAAGUCAAUUUAGGUGUGACAAUUUAAUAAGGUAGAAUUCUUCUUGAUCAAUCUGCAUAUUAAUCUGGCAAAAGUAUUUGUUGUCAUUACUAACUCAAGACAUUAGAAAUGAUACUUCUUUUGCUCAAGAUCACUCUAAAAAACCUAAGAAUUUAUCACCUUUAGAAUAAAGACUAUAAAGUGAUUAUGGAAUGAGUAUGUUAGAUGAUGUAUAGAAUCCUAAUUCAUCAGUCAAUGAAACUAUUUUAAAUCUAUUUUAAUUUCCUGAGAAAAGGAAAGACACAUCUAUCUUAAAAAAAGAAUUAAAAAAAUAAAAGAAGAAAUAAUAAUAAUAAUCUUAUUUAUCUCCUAUGGAUUUUAUUUAUUUAAUAAGAACAGAUCCUGAAAUGGCUGAUUAAUUUUGUUAUUUGAAUAAAAGAGAUCAUGCUUAUGAUUAUGAAAUUGUAGAAUUUGAAGAUAGAAAUAUUAAAGAAUAUAUGACAAUAAGUGCUAGAGGAAUUACCUAUUAUUAAAAUGAAGAAACAACUUUUUUAACUAUUGAAGAAUGGUAAAGAGAGGCUAAUCUAUUUUAAGACUUAUAGAAAAUUGAUUUUUUUAGAAAAUACAAAUUAUGGAAAAAUUUCUUUUUAUGGAAAAGACUUAUGAGAAAGAAAAUUUUAGCUAAAAAUUAAGAAUUAAUGGUUUCAAAUAUGUUUACAACAGAUAAAUAAUUAAGAAUUACUUUAUUAGAAGUUAAAAGAAUAUGUUAAUAAAUGGCAUCUGAUAUAAGAUUUUUAGAUACUUCAACAGCAAUACCUUAAACUCUUGAUAAUUUUAAAAUUAUAUAAGAUAAACAUCUAAUGUCUAAAAUGGAUAAAUAAUUUGAUUCUUAUGAACAAUAAAUUUAAUAAAUAAUAAUAGAAUGUUGUUAAAAAUCAUUAAUAAAUUUUAAGGAAACUCACCGUAUCUCAUUACAAGAAGAUGAUAAUGAAGAAAGAGCACCUUUAUUAGUAGGUGAUGAAUCUGGGAAAGAGAUGCCAUUUACUACUGAGGCUACUAUCAGAACUCAUUAUAAAAGGUUGAGAAAAUUUGUUAAAUAUCUUGAUUAUGUAAUUAUGGAUGCUAAAUUAUAAAUGAUGCAAAAUUCAGUUGAACAUAUUGUUAAAUAAAUUAGAGAUUUUAAUGAAUUAUAUAGACAGAAUUUGGGAGGUAAAAGAAAAGGAUAUUAUGGAAAAGGUUAACCAUAGUGUUGGAUAAUUGUUGAAGCUGUUGGUAAAGGAGAUAAUAUACUAUUUAAUCCUUUAAGAGAAUAACUUUUUAAAUUAUUUGAAAGUGUAGUUAACAAUAGUGUAAUACGUAUAACUACUAGACAUAAGGAAAUGUUAUCAAUGGCAGAAUUAUAACAAUAUAUAUAAGAUGAUGGUAAUCAAUAAUUGGAAAAAGUUGAUGUUAAAUCAAUAAUAAAUGCAAGUGAAAACUUUCAAAAUCUUUGUGGUUAAAUGAGAAGAGAAUUAGAAGUUGCAUUUGAUCAUCUUGAAUAAUAUGCUGAUAAAUUGAAACCUUUUUUGAAAUGGUAUGUAGAGAACACUGGUGUAAAUAUUGAAAAACAAUUUACAGAUAAGGAUGUGGAUGAAUAUAGAAAUGCCAUAAAUAGAUAUAAAAAGUAAGAUCAAUUAUUUUAAGAUAUGGAACCUACAUAAGAGAUAGGUGUGAUUCUAUUUGAUAAUCAUAAGUUAAAGGCAAAAAUAAAAUCUAGUGCAAUGCAUUGCAUAGUUGAAUUAUAAAGAUUUAUACCAGAUUAUAUGUAUAAGAAAGCAAUACUAUUUACAAAGAAAACAGCUCAAUUAUAUUCUACAAUCGCUAUAUCUCCUAUAACAGUUGAAUAAUUUGUAAAUUAUAUGGAUGCUGUUAAUGUAAUUAAUAAUUAAUUCGAAGAUUUAAGUAAUACUUCAUAAGAGGUCACUGCAAUGGCUUUACUUAUGGAUGAAUUAAAGAUUAAGAUCUAAGAUACACAUAAAUAAAAAUUUGGUGAAUGUAUAUAAUAGGUGAGUUAAUUGCGUAAAAAAGUGGAUGAUGCUAUGGUAAAUUAUGAUUAAAAUUUAAAUAAAUUUAGAAAAGAUAUGGAAAGAAUGAUACCAUAGGUAGAUAAUACAGUUAAGGAUUUAAAUGAAAGAGUUUCAGAAUAACCAUUGAGUUCUUUGUCUGCUGAUUUAAAUGAUAUGAUUACAUUUGUUACUGGAAUUAGAAAAUAAGUAGAUGAAUUAAAGAUACAUGCUAAAAAAUUAAAUGAUUAUUAAAUUGCAUUAAAUUUAGAAUAUACACCAUUUGAAAAAUUAGAAAUAUUUAAUAAUGAAUUUACAUUAUUAGAAAGAUUGUGGUGUGGUAGAAAUGAAUGGGUUCAAAAUUAUUCAUUUUGGUUGAAAUAACAUUAUACAGAAAUUGAUUUAGAAGAAAUGAAUAAUGUUAUGGAAAAAUUAUAAAAGACAGCUAAUUUAUGUGCUAAAGAAUUAGAUAAAAAUGAAGUAGCAAGAGUUUUUAAAUCAGAUAUUGAAGCAUUUAGAGGAAUUUAUCAAGUACUUUAAGCAUUAAAAGAUCCAGCUAUUUCAGAUAAGUAAUGGAAUUAAAUUAGAUAAUUAAUACUUGAAAAUUAAUAAGUAUUUAAAGAACUAAUUGUAGAACCAUUUACUCCUUUAGAUAAUCCAAUAUAUGAUGUUUAAUGGAUUACAAAAGUUGGUUUAGAUUAUAUAAAAGACAAGUUAAGUGAAAUUGCUUUGAGAGCAGCUAAGGAAAUUGAAUUAGUUAAAAUGUUAGAAUAAGUAGAAUCAAUUUGGAGAUAAGCUAUUAUUACUGUUUAACCAUAUAGAGAAUCAAAGGAUAUCUUUAUAUUAGGAAAUAAUCAAGAUUUAAUAUCUAAGAUAGAUGAUACUCUUUUAACUGUUAAUAAUAUUUUAGCAUCUCGAUUUGUUGAAGGUAUAAGAUCUGAAGUAGAGAGAUAACAAUCUUUAUUAAGAUAUUUUUAAGAAUUAUUUGAUGAAUGGAGAUUACAUCAAAGAAACUGGCUUUAUUUGGAACCUAUUUUGAAUUCACCUUAUAGUGCUAAAAAUUUAGUAAAAGAGUCUAAAAUAUUUUAAUAAGCUGAUAUAUUAUGGAAGAAAUUAAUGAGAACUGUUAGAGAUAAUAGUAUAGCUAAAAGAUGGGCUGAUGAUUAUUAAAAUAGAUAAUAUUUUAAUUAAUUAAGAUAAAAUAAUAAUAAUUUUGAUGUUAUUUAAAAAGCUUUAGAUGAAUUUUUAGAAAAGAAAAGAGAUGCAUUUUAAAGAUUUUAUUUUUUAUCUAAUGAUGAACUUUUAGAUAUAUUAUCAAAUGCUAAAAAUGUUUAAUCUAUUUAACCAUAUUUAAGAAAAUGUUUUGAAAAUUUAGUUAAGAUUUAAUUUGAUUAAUAAGAAAAUGCUAUAGGAAUGAUAUCAGCUGAAGGAGAAAUUGCAGUACUUAAGGGAUAUACAGCUAGAGGAGAAGUAGAAGAUUGGUUUAAAGGAUUAGAAGACAAAAUGAAGAGUUCUUUGAAUGGAGUUAUGAGAUAAUCUCUUAUUAAAUAUUAAUUAGAAGAUACUUAAAGAAAGGAUUGGAUAUUUGAAUUUCCUUUAUAAAUUAUAAUCACUAUUGAUUCAAUAUUUUGGACUAAAAUUACAGAAGAGAAUUAUUUAUAAGUAAAUGCAGAAGGAGAUUUAGAUGAUUGGUAUGAUACUAAUGUAGUUAUGCUAGAUGAAUUAACAUAAUUAAUUAGAGGAAAUCUAAAUGAAUUAUAAAGAAGAACUCUUUUAGCCUUAGUUACAUAGGAUGUACAUUUUAGAGAUAUUGUUGAUAAUAUGAGAAAUGAAUCUGUAGAAGGCAUAAUGGAUUUUAAAUGGCAAUAAUAAUUGAGAUUUUAUCAUGAUGAAGAAAGUGUAUAGGCAAGAUAAGCAAAUGCAAAAAUUAUGUAUGGUUAUGAGUAUUUGGGAUCAACAACAAGAUUAAUUAUUACACCAUUAACUGAUAGAUGUUGGAUGACUAUUACAGGAGCUUUAGGUAUUAAAUUAGGAGCAGCUCCACAAGGACCAGCUGGUACUGGAAAAACAGAAUCAUGUAAAGAUUUAGCUAAGGCAUUGGGUAGAUAUUGUAUAGUGUUUAAUUGUUCAGAUUAGAUUACAGCUAAAAUGAUAGAAAAAUUAUUUGCAGGAUUAGCAUAUUGUGGAGCUUGGGUUUGUUUAGAUGAAUUUAAUAGAAUCCAUAUUGAAGUAUUAUCAGUUAUAGCAUAAUAAGUAUAAACAAUAAGAGAAGCUUUGUUAGAAUAUAAAAUGAAUUUUUAUUUUUUUGGUAAAAAUGUAUAAUUGAAUCCUGAUUUGGGUAUAUUUAUUACAAUGAAUCCUGGUUAUGUAGGUAGAACAGAAUUACCUGAUAAUUUGAAAGUACUUUUUAGACCAGUAGCUAUGAUGGUUCCAGAUUAUAGAUUGAUUUCAGAAAUUAUGUUAUUUGCUGAAGGAUUUUCAAAUGCUAAAGAUUUAUCAAGAAAGAUGAUUAAAUUAUAUCAAUUAAGUUCAGAAUAAUUGAGUUAAUAAAAUCAUUAUGAUUUUGGUAUGAGAGCAGUUAAAUCUGUAUUAGUUAUGGCUGGAUCAUUAAAAAGGGCAGAAUUAAAUAUUAAUGAAGAUAUUGUAUUAGUUAGAGCAAUGAGAGAAAGCAAUUUACCAAAAUUUUUAUCUCAUGAUAUACCAUUAUUUAAUGCUAUAGUAAGUGAUCUAUUUCCAGGAAUUUAAAUAUCAGUAGAAUAGAAUGAAGAGUUAGAAAAAACUAUUAAAAAUGUUAUAGAAUUUAAUAAUUUAUAAUAAUAAGAUACUUUUAUAGAAAAAGUUUUAUAAUUUCAUGAAACUUUAAAAGUGAGAUUUGGAGUAGUGUUAGUUGGAGUUACAAUGGGUGGUAAAUCUUAAGUUCAAAAUGUACUUAGAGAAUCUUAUAUGAAAUUAUAUGAAUAGUAUUCAUAAUAAGAAGUUAAUGAUCAUUAAAUUUAUCAGAAAAUCUAAAAUUAGAUCUUAAACCCAAAAGCUAUAACAAUAGAAGAAUUAUAUGGUUAAUUUGAUAUGAUAACUUAAUAAUGGACUGAUGGUUUAGCUUCUCAUAUAAUUAGAGGAUAAGCAUCUAUAGAUAUGGAAGAAAAGAAAUGGGUUGUAUUUGAUGGACCUGUUGAUGCCAUAUGGGUUGAAAAUUUAAAUACUGUAUUAGAUGAUUCAAUGACUUUAUGUUUAAGUAAUGGUGAGAGAAUCAAAUUGAAUAAUUAAAUGAGAAUGAUCUUUGAAGUAUUGGAUUUAAAUGCAGCUUCACCUGCAACUAUAAGUAGAUGUGGUAUAGUUUAUAUAGAUGAUACAGUAUUAGGAUAUGAACCUAUUGUAUUUACUGAAGCAAUGACACUUAUUGAUAUUCUAAGCAAUGAUAUUAUAGAUCAUUUAUUAGUAUAAAUUAAAGUUUCAUUUAGUAAAUCAAUUAAUUAAGUUAUUAAACAUUGUAAAUAAUUAAUACCUGUUUAUGAAACAUAAAUGGCAGUUGGAUUAAUUAAAAUAAUAAGAAUGGUAAUAUAAUACUAUAAUUAAUAAUUAAAUUGUAAUUUAAGAGAUGAAAUUUCUAAAAAACAUUUAGAAAAGCUUUUUGUUUGGGUAUAUGCAUGGUCUGUAGGUGCAACAUUAAUAUCUGAUGAUUAUUAAAAAUUUGAGAGUAUAAUUAAUGAUACUUUCUCAGUGGAUAUUUUACCUAGAGGAUCUUUAUUAUCUAGUUUAGUAAAAAUUACUAAAAUAGAUGGAUUAAUUGAUAUUAAUUAUACUUAAUGGAAUGAUAUUAUUCCAUAAUUUCAAUAUAUUAAAGGUAUGAGUUACUUUGACAUGAUUGUAUAAACUCCAGAAACAGUGGCUCAUGGUUGGUUUUUAGAAUAAGCUGUAAAUACAAAUUGUCCUAUUUUUAUAACUGGAGUUACUGGAACAGGUAAAACUAUUAUGAUAAAUUCUACUAUACAAAAAUUAAGAGAUUGUGGUUUAAUAGCUUUAAUGUAAAUGACAUUCUCAGCAAAAACAUCUAGUUAAACAACUUAAUUAAGCAUAGAAUAAAAAUUAUAAGUUUAACGUAAGAAAGGUAGAACUAUUCUAAUGCCUCCUCCUGGUAAAAAAUUUGUUGUAUUUAUUGAUGAUGUCAAUAUGCCUUCAUUAGAAUAAUAUGGUGCUUAACCACCUAUUGAAUUAUUAAGAUAAUUUAUAGAUUAUAAAGGAGUUUAUGAUAGAAAAACAUUUAAUUGGAAGAAUGUAGAUAAUACAAUAUUAAUUUGUGCUUGUGGUCCACCUGGAGGAGGUCGAUCUCCUUUAACUAUUAGAUUUACUCGUCAUUUUGUUUUAUUGAGUGUACCCAAUUCAAGUGAUGAAACAUUAUCCUGUAUUUUUAGUAGAAUUUUAAAGGCUUAUUUUAAAAAUAAUUAUUUUAAAAAUGAAAUUAUUGAUUUAAGUGAUAAUUAUUCAAUUGUAAAUGCAACUCUAUCAAUGUAUUAAGAUAUUUAAAAAACUUUAUUACCUACUCCAGAAAAAUCUCAUUAUGUAUUCAAUUUAAGAGAUGUUAGCAAAAUCUUUUAAGGUAUUUUAUAAGCUAAACCUUUGAUUUAUGUUAAGUGUGAUUAAAUAAUUAGAUUAUGGGCACAUGAAACAUGUCGUGUAUUUAUGGAUAGAUUAAUUAAUUAAUAGGAUUAAGAUUGGUUUAAAGAGAAUUUAGUUAAAAAUAUAUUCUUAUUUUUUAAGACUGAAUAUAAGGUUAAUGAAUUAUUUGAUUCAUAAAGACCUUUUAUUUUUGCUGAUUUUUAGAAAAAAGUAGAAAUAUAAGAUCGUAUUUAUGAAGAAGUCAAAGAUUAUAAUUAACUUAUUAAAGUUAUUAAUGAUUAUAUGUUUGGAUAAACAAAAAUGAAUUUAGUACUCUUUAAGGAUGCUAUUCAAUAUUUAACAAGAAUUAGUAGAGUAUUAAGAUAAUAAAGAGGACAUUUUAUGUUAGUUGGAUUUGGAGGUUCAGGUAAGAAAUCUUUAAUAUAACUGGGAGCUGUAUUAGCUGGAUGUAAAGUUGAAACUAUAGAAUGUAAGAGAAAUUAUGGAAAAAAAGAAUUUAAAGAGGUAUUAUUUAGAAUGAUGUGUGCAGUUGGAAUUGAUAAUAAAUUAAUUGCUUUUUCUUUUACAGAUACUUAAAUUUUAUAAGAAAGUUUCUUAGAAGAUAUUAAUAGUCUCCUUAAUUCUGGUGAAGUACCUAAUAUGUUAACAAAAGAUGAUUUAGAGUUGAUAAAUUAAGGAUUAUAGGCAGAAGCUAAAGAAUUAAAUAUAAAUCAUAUAUAUCCUUAUUUUGUAUAAAAAGUGAGAUCGAAUCUACACAUUGUAUUAGGACUGUCACCAAUUGGAGGUAAAUUGAGAAUCAGAUUGAGAAUGUUUCCAAGUUUAUUAAACUGUUGUACUAUAUAAUGGUUAUAAAAAUGGCCAUAAGAAGCAUUGAUGAGUGUUGCAGAAAUGUUUUUAUCAACACUUGAAUUUGAUGGAUUAACAAAAGAGAUGAAAUAAAAUUUAUAUUAGAUGUGUGUUUAUGUUCAUUAAAGUGUUGAUAAAAAAUGUGAAGAUUUUCAAAUUGCCUUUAAUAGAUAAGUUUAUAUUACACCUAAAUCAUAUCUUGAUUUAAUAGAGUAAUACAAAACAUUAUUAAUGAUGAAAAAAGAAGAAUUGGUAACCCAUAAAUUAAAAUUAUCUUCAGGAUUAUAAAAAUUACAUGAAGUAAAUAGUAUUAUUAGUGAUUUAAAAGUUAAAUUGACUUAAAUGUAACCUAUUCUUAAAUAAAAGACCAUUGAAUAAGAGCAAUUGUUAUAAAAAUUAUAAAUUGAUUCAACUGAGGCAAAUAGAGUUAAAUAAUUAGUAUCAGAAGAAGAAAGAUAAGUUAAUGAGUAAGCUUCUAAAAUUAAAGAGACAAAAGCUGAAGCUGAUAAAAUUCUUAAUGAAGCUAUUCCUACUUUAAAUAAUGCCAUAGAAGCACUUAAUAUACUUAAUAGAAAUGAUAUUAAUGAAUUUAAAAAUAAUAAUAAUCCAUAACCUAUAAUACGUUUCACUUUUGAAUGUGUAGCUAUUUUAUUUGAAGAAAAAUUAGAUUGGGAUUCUAUUAAAAAAUUAUUAACAGAUCUAAAUUUCUUAUAAAAAAUGAAAGGAUUAGAUGUGACUCGUAUAAAACCUGCAACUUAAAUCAAAAUUAAAACUAAAAUUGCUAGUAAUCCAGAAUUUAUUCCUAAUUUAAUUUAAAAAAUUAGUAUUACUGCAAAAACAAUAUGUGAAUGGGUAAGGGCUGUAAGUGAAUUUAUAGAUAUUAAUAAUGAUGUAGAAAAGAAAAAAUCAUAGGUUGAAAAUAUGAAUUAAUAAUUAGAAAAAGCAAAAAAGGAAUUGGCUUAGAAAUAAUCUGAACUUGCUUAAGUUGUAAGAAAAGUAACUGAAUUAGAAAUAUAAUUUAAUUCAAAUAAAUAAGAUAAAGAUCUACUUGAUUAAAAUAUUUAAACUACUCAAUAAAGAUUAAUAAGAGCUGAAGAACUUACAAUAGGAUUAGCAGAUGAAUAAGAUAGAUGGAAAACAAAAGUUUAAAGUCUCACUGAAGAAAUUUAAUUGCUCUUAGGAAAUGUAUUUUUAGGUAGUGCUACUGUAACAUACAUUGGACCUUUCUCUGGAACAUAUAGAAAUUAAUUAAUUUAGAAUUGGAUUGAAAAAGCAACAGAAUUAGCAUUUCCAUCAGUUAAAAAAUAUAAUUUUGAAUCUGUUUUAGGUGAUACUCUUGAAAUUAAGUAAUGGAUUGCAAAUGGAUUGCCUAAUGAUACAAUCUCAAAGUCAAAUGUGAUAAUAUCAAAAUUUAGUAGAUCAUACCCUUUAUUUAUUGAUCCUUAAUUGUAGGCCAAUACUUGGAUCAAAAAUACAUACAAGGAUUUAAAUCUUAAAGUCUUAAAAUAUACUUAAGAAGGUCUUAUUAAACAUAUUGAAAAUUCAAUAUAAAUUGGUGUACCUUUACUAUUAGAAGAUGUUUAAGAUUAACUUGAUACUUUUUUAGAUCCUGUAUUACUUAAAUAGAUUAAUGUUACAAAUAAAAAAAAAAUGAUUAAAAUUGGAGAUAAGGAAAUAGAAUUUGAUCCAAAUUUUAAAUUAUUCAUAUGUACUAAACUUUCUAAUCCAUAAUUUUUACCAGAAAUAUUUAUUAGGGUUACAGUUAUAAAUUUUACAGUAACAGAAUAAGGUUUAGAAGAAUAAUUACUUGGAGAUAUUGUAUAUAUUGAAAAACCAGAAAUGGAAGAAGAACAAAAAGAUUUAGUUAAGAACAUCUCAACAGGAAUGAGGAGUCUUCGUAAAAAUGAAGAAGAAAUAUUAAAUCUUUUGUCUAAUUCAAAGGGAAUGAUAUUAGAUAAUGUAGAUUUAAUAGAAAGUCUGAAAAUAUCUAAAUAAGAAGCAAUAUAAGUAAAAGAAACAUUAGUCACAUAAGAGUAGAAAUCUGUAGAGAUAGAAAAAGUCAGAUAACAAUAUUUACCAAUAGCUACAAGAGGAAGUUUGCUCUAUUUUGUUAUUGCUGACUUUGCUCUUGUAGAUCCAAUGUAUUAAUUUUCAUUAAAUUGCUUUAAGAAAUUAUAUUAAAAUGUUAUUAAGAAUUCUGAAAAAAAUGAUAAUAUAUAGAUUAGAAUAGCAACACUAUUAGAUUGUAUAACAGAAACAAUAUAUACAAAUAUUUGUAGAGGUUUAUUUAAUUAACAUAAAAGAAUAUUUUCAUUCUUGAUGACUAUUAAAAUAUAAUUGCAUGCUAAAGAAAUAAGUUUUGCAGAAUGGAAUUUGUUUAUAAGAGGAGCUAGUUUAAUAGUGUAAUCACCUCCUAUGCCUAUCACCUUCAAAUUGACACAAAGAAUAUGGCAUGAAUUUUAUUAAUUAUCAAUUGUUCAUUAGAACUUUACAUAAAUUUAUAAUCAAGCCUUGAUAAAUUUUAAAGAAAUAGAAAAUUUAAUAUAAUCAGAAAAUCUAUGGACUUUAUUAAAUGAUUCAUUGACACCAUUUUAGAAAUUAAUGAUAAUUAAAGUAUUAAGAUAGGAAGAAUCUUUUUAUGCAAUGACAUAUUAUGUAGAGGCAAUUUUAGGUAAAAAAUAUACAUCAAACUAUCAAUCUACAAUUGAAGAACUAUUUAAUGAUACAGAUCAUAAAACUCCACUUAUUUUUAUUUUAAGUUAAGGAGUUGAUCCUUUGACUAGUUUGAUGAGAUUUGUAAAUUAAAAGAAAAUCUCUUCUGAAAAAUUAAGAAUUUUAUCAUUAGGUUAAGGUUAAGCAAUUAUAGCUGAAAAAGCUAUUGAAAGUGGUGUCAAAAGUGGUGAAUGGGUUAUAUUAUAAAAUUGUCAUUUAUGUAAAACUUUUAUGACAACACUAGAAAAAAAGUUAGAAUGGUUUGAAGACCCAGAACUUUAAUCAUAAUUUAAUCCAGGAUUUAGAUUAAUGUUAACAAGUAUGUCUUGUAAUUAUUUUCCUGUAAGUGUACUUUAGAAUAGUUUAAAAUUUACAUUUGAAUCUCCAAAAGGAUUAAAAUCUAAUAUGUACAAAAGUUAUACUGAUUUAUCAGCUGAUUAAAUAGAAAAUUGUGAUAAAAAAGAAACUUGGAAGAAAUUAUUAUAUUCUCUUUCAUUCUUCCAUGCUGUAGUUUAAGAACGUCGUAAAUUUGGUCCUUUGGGAUGGAAUAUAAGUUAUGAGUAAAUUAUAAUAAUUAAGUAGAUUUAAUGAUUCUGAUCUGGAAACAUCAUAAACAUUACUGAAGAAUUUUUUAGAUAUACAUUAAGAGAUUCCAUGGGAUGCCAUUUUGUAUGUAAUAGGUGAGAUAACUUAUGGAGGUAGAAUAACUGAUGAUUGGGAUAGAAGAUGUCUAUAAACAAUUUUAAGUAAAUACAUCAAGUAAUUAUUAUAUAUCUAUAUAAUUUAGUGAAGAUAUUUUGAAUGAUGGAUAUUCAUUUUCUGAAUCAGGAAUAUAUAAAUAACCUUGUGAAAUGAAUAUAAUUGAUUAUAGAAGAUUGAUUAAUAAAUAUCCUGAUUUUGAAAAACCUGAAGUAUUUGGAAUGAAUGAAAAUGCAAAUCUAAUAUUUAAAUAAACAGAAUCUAAAAUAGUAUUAUAAACUAUACUAAGUAUUUAACCAAAUGAAAUUAUUUAAACAAAUGAAUCAGAUCAAAAGAUAAAAAGUUCUGAUUAAAUUGUAUUUGAUAUAUGUGAACAUUUGCUUUAAAAGAUUCCAUUUUAAAUAAAAGAAUAAGAAAAGAAAAAAAAACUCACAUUAAUUAAUUUCUAAGGUAAUGCUUUAGAAAUUGAUUCUUUAAAAGUAUGCUUAAAUUAAGAAGUUUAAAGAUUUAAUUAAUUAUUAUAAAUAAUUUCAAGUUCAAUAAAGAAUUUAUAAGCUGCUAUAAAAGGUGAAGUAGUUAUGUCAGCUGAUCUUGAAAUGAUGUACAGCUCAUUGCUUAAUAAUUAAGUACCACUGAUUUGGGCAAAUAAAGCAUAUCCAACUUUGAAACCUCUUGCUGCCUUUUAUGAAGACAUGAUAAAAAGAGUGAUUUUCUUUAAAGAAUGGUUCAAUUUAGAAGUUGGAUAACCAAAAGGAUAUUGGAUAUCUGCUUUCUUCUUUCCUUAAGGAUUCUUAACUUCUGUAUUAUAAACAUUUGCAAGAAAAAAUUAGAUUGCUAUAGAUGUACUAAGAUUCAGCUUUAAGUUUUUCAAUUUUAUUGAUAAUGAGAUGGUAAAUUCAUUUUAUCUAUAUUAGAUAACUUCAAUGCCUGAUAAUGGUGUAUAUAUAUAUGGUUUAUUUAUUGAGGGGUGUAGAUUUGAUUUCAAUAAAGGAAUUUUAGAAGAUCAAUUGCCAGGAUAAUUAAUAGUUCAAGCUCCUAUAAUCCAUUUUAUACCUACUCAAGAUUAUAAGCCAAAUUAGAACGAUUAUUCAAUGCCUUUAUAUAAAACUAGUAAUUUAAAUAUAAAAAUUCUACCAUUAGGCCUACGAGCAGGAGUUUUAUCGACCACAGGACAUUCAACUAACUUUAUUAGAGCAAUUGAUUGUCCAACUAAGAAGAACCCUGAUUAUUGGAUUCUCAAUGGUGCUGCUUUCACCACUUAACUUAAUGAUUGA